AAUAAAUGAUAUGAAGCGAAAAGAUUUACUAUCAAAAAACGAAAAUUUUGGAAAAGAAAAGAAGUUUAGAAAAAAUACAGAGAAAAAAUCACAAAAAAUAAAAGUGGAAUAUCAAAAGAUUGAAGCAAGCGAGAAACAAGCAAUCAAUGAAGAUAAUAAAGAUGAUGCAUUUUCUGAACUAAUCAAGUCACUCAAAUCCAAUAAGCAAAUUGUUAAGAAGCUUCUCUGUUCAGAAUUAAAUCAAAUGGAUGAGGUUAAAGAUCUAAAGAAUAGUUACUUGACAGAGAUUCAUGAGACAGAUGAUGAGGAUGACAAAACAAGCGAUUUAAACUGUGAUGAGCAAACAUCUGAUGAAGAAGUUGAUAGCAAACAGUUACGCGAUUCAAGUUUAAGAUACGAUGAUCCUUUUAAAUUGCACUUUGAAAAUCAACUGGUGGAAGAACAAGUUGCAAACCAAUGUUAUACAGUUGUUGAUAUAAAGUUUACUGAAUACUAUUCUUGUAAGAGUUACUACGGUGCUUUCAACAACAUUCUUCAGCAAGAAAAUUUGUUGCAGCAAGCAUGUGUUAAGGAAAAGUUGAUAGAAGAAUGGAAGGUGUUUAACAAAACAAAAACAAACAAGAGAGGUUGCUUUACCGAACUUCAAAAACAGCUAUUCACUUAUAUGGGAUCUUAUAAAGACAUACUUUUUACUGAUCGUUCACUCUGUAAUGGUGAUGAAGUUCGUAGAUUAUAUUGCCUUCAUGCAGUCAAUCAUGUAUUAAAAACUAGAUCUCAGAUUGUAAAAAAUAAUGCCAAGAUGGCUGCUUCUGAAAAGUUGUCUGAAAAACAAAAUAUGGAUGUGGAUUUUCGCGAUCAAGGACUUACUCGUCCUAAAGUAUUGAUGUUAGUGCCAUUUAAAGAUUCUUGUUUGAAAAUUAUAAAUAAUAUUAUCAAACUUGCACUGGGGUCACGACCAAAGAUUCAGGUAAUGCAAAAAAAAAGAUUUGUUCGAGAAUUUUCAAAAGAUCCAGAAGAAGAAGAAUCAAAAGCUGAAAGACCUGAUGAUUUCAAAACAAUGUUUCAAGGAAAUAUCGAUGAUGAUUUUAAAAUUGGUGUUGCAGUUGCUAAAAAUACAAUUAAACUUUAUGCUCCUUUUUAUCAUGCUGAUAUAAUAGUUGCUUCACCUCUAGGUCUUCGUAGAAUAAUUGCUACAGAAAGAGAAAAACAGGACUUUGACUUCUUAUCUAGCAUUGAAAUUCUUAUAAUGGAUCAAAUUGAUGUGUUUAAUAUGCAAAAUUGGGAACAUGUUUUACAUGUUUUUGACUAUAUGAAUUUAACUCCAAGACAAUCUCAUGAUACAGAUUUUUCCAGAGUUAGAAUGUGGUGCGUUGACGGAUUAUCAAAGUAUUACCGACAAAGUCUUCUUUUCAGUUCAAUACAAUCAGCAGAGAUUCAAUGCUUAUUUAACAAAUGUUUUAAUUAUAAUGGAAAAAUAAAAGUUUCUUUAAAAGAUGUGAAUGGAACUGUGGAAAAAGUUGUUGCCAAUAUUCCUCAGAUAUAUCAACGAUUCGAAUGCUUAAGAUUUAGUGAGUGUGCAGACUUACGCUUCAAUUAUUUCAUAAAUAAGAUUCUGCCUGAGUUUAAAAAAGAACUUUAUUAUAGCACCGCUAUAUUCAUUCCAUCAUAUUUUGAUUUUAUUCGCAUUCGCAAUUACUUUUUGAAAGAAGAAUUAAGCUUUGUUCAAAUAUCAGAGUAUUCAAAGUCUUCAAAUAUUUCACGUUCACGAAAUUUGUUUGUUGAAAAAAAAAAGCAUUUUAUCUUAUUAACAGAGAGAUUUUAUUUCUUUUACAGAUACAAAAUUCGUGGAAUAAAACAUGUAAUAUUUUAUGACCUUCCUCAAUAUCCUAACUUCUAUGCAGAGUUACUAAAUUUUAUGGAAUCUACUUCUGAUAAUCUAGUUUCAAGUUCAUCAUGCAAUAUAAUUUAUAGCAAAUUCGAUGGUUACAAACUUGAGGCUGUAGUUGGUACAUUAAGAUGCAAACAAAUGAUAACAUUACAAAAAGACAUACAUAUGAUUGUUUCAGGAGCAUAACAAUUGUUAUUUAUUUGUAAUAAAAAUUAUUUGUAUAAUUAUCUUCAAAA